UAUACUAGGUGAGCUCACAAGAAUUAUUUUUCCUUAAAGUCCCACCUGAGCAGGUGCAUUGCACAGAAGACAAGAAGGAAAGAAACUAGUUAGAGAGCUUGGAGGGGCAGAGGGCGUGACCCUCUUAAUCGUUCUUCACUUCCUUUUUUUUUUUUUUUUUUUUUAAGAUGACUUGGCAACGUCCGCCACAUCAGCGGCAGAAGCAGCGACGCCUCCUCAGUGGAACUGACUUGCAAUAGCGAGCCUUCAUACUGCUGCACUUUUGCGGCUUCUGUGGACAUAUUAUCAACCGGUGGUUUUAGCUCCCAGUCUCCCAGGCUUGCCAAAGCGGUUAGAAGUCAUUUGGAAAGCCUUUUAGCCGAAUCUCUCUGAUCUAGAAGGCCAGCUGGCUUCUCCUGAGGUACUUUCGAAAUUUGCAGCGACCACUGAUCCUGGUCCAGGUGCAUGGGGAAGACGCUAAGGGUAUAAAACCCAAACAUUGAACCUGAAGACCCAGCGCAAAGUAGAAACUGAAAGUACCCUGCCUACUCUGCCGGCAGAGCCUACGGAAGUUAUGGCAAAGUCAGAGCGCCUGGCCAGCGGGUGAUGCAUGCGGCCUCUCCUGGGAUGGAUGGACUAGGCGCGGCGUGGGUGAGAGGAGCCAGCUGCCGAGACUGUCCUGCCCAGUACCGGCGUGCGGCCACUCGGCGGAUGACCGGGGUCCAGGGCGUGAUUAUGGGUGUUGAGAGCUCGCUCCUGCUGCAGUCCCAGUCAUCAUGACUACACCCACCUCCCGCAGACCAUGUUCCAUGUUUCUUUUAGAUAUAUCUUUGGAAUUCCUCCCCUGAUCCUUGUUCUGUUGCCUGUCACAUCAUCGGACUGCCACAUUCAAGAUAAAGAAGGUAAAGCAUAUGAGAGUGUGCUGAUGGUCAGCAUCGAUGAAUUGGACAAAAUGACAGGAAAUGGUAAAAAUUGCCCAAAUAAAGAACCAAACUUUUUUAAAAAACAUCCAUGUGAUGAUGCAAAGGAAGCUGCUUUUCUAAAUCGUGCUGCUCGCAAGUUAAAUCAAUUUCUUAAAAUGAAUAUCAGUGAAGAAUUCAAUAUCCACUUACUAAAAGUUUCCCAAGGCACACAGACACUAGUGAACUGCACAAGCAAGGAAGAAAAGAAUCUAAAGGACCAGAAAAAGAAUGACCCAUGUUUCCUGAAGAGACUGCUGAGAGAGAUAAAGACCUGCUGGAAUAAAAUCUUGAAAGGCAGCAUAUAAACGUAGGACAUGUAGAUGAAGUUGCAACCUCAAGUUUCUACAAUGGAAGAGUUGGAAUCCUCCUGGAAGUUGCUGGAUGUCUCCUGGCCAAAUGAUCAGAGCACCUGGGAAAUGCACAGUAAGGUACUAGAAGAUGGACACAAACAAUACAGUCAGAAUAUACAUAUGGACAGAGAUCAGCUGUACUGAUGUUGUAAAGCAAUCGUGCCAUCUGCAAUACGUUUUUAAAGUUUCCCAAAUAUUUUAGAAGAUAACGUAUCUACAAAAAUAAAGUCUACAAGAAUUCAAAGUCACCACUGUUUUCUCAUCAAAAUGAUGUGAUGGCCCACCAUGCAUUUUGACCCAUCUGAAGAGUGGAACUGUUGCCUUGUAAGCUGGAAAUGCUUUAGGGAUCACAGUGAUGAAAACUGCUCAUGGAAACAAGACAGUCACAGCAUAAAACAGCAGCGGCAAAAAAAAAAAAAAAAAAAGCUUAAGACACUUAAGACAGAUAUCAAAACUUGUAGUUAAACAUGAACAUAUAACACAUGCCUUCAGUAAAGAACAUAGCACAUCUUUUUAAAUAAAAGAACUUUUAAAGAUGGAAAUGCACUUAUUCCAAAGAUACUGAACCUUAGUAUCCAGUCACUUUUGUCAUUGAUGUAUACUAAAGCUUGGAUACUCAAUUUUCAACUUGGGAAGUAUAUUUUCAAGAUAAUAAUAUAUGUUAGGCGUUUAAUUAAUGUAUAUAUUUAAUUUUGACAUCUCUAUAUAAAAUAUUUUCAUACAAUACUACCAAUUGCCUACUUUGAAUAGUUUCUCCUUUUAAAAUAAGUAACUCAUGUUAACACUGUCAGGCUCACUUAAUCCCAAAGGUUUAUUCGCUGCCGAAUUGCCACUUGAUGCUACUUUCAUUUAACACUUAUCUUUUAACCAAGUACCAAGAAUAGCCUGAAACUAAGACCCUACAACUAUGUUAACAGAAGAAAUACCAAUUUCUUGUUUUGUAAUAGUUUCUCAUUUGUAUCUCAGGCUGGCUUUGAAUUUAUGAUACUCCUGCCUCAGUUUCCAAAGUGCUGGGAUUGCAGACAUGAGCCAAUAUGCUCAGUUAGGAACACUACUUUUGUUACAUAAAUUUCUGUCUUUUACAGGACAUCCAUGUAUAUCCUAUGUAUAUACCUGUUUCCAUCUUUCGAUGGCCUGCAGUCUCUCUUCAGCUGUAAGGGUGAGGAGCACCACACUGCAGAGGUCUUAUCUCUAAAAGAGACUGCAGUCUGCUUGUGCUGAACUCAAUUUGUUUUGCUCUGUCCAGCAACUGCAGCAUGUAACCAUGUGCUGGAUGUUUGUAUGUGAUUUACACAUGUUCCACUGAUGUUCCAUGGGGUGGCCAUGCCUUCUUGCUCUUCCUCUUCCCCCAAUCCACAUGGAGUUCAUCCUCCAUGGUACAGAUAGCUGGCAUUAACACAGUUUUGAGAGAACUGAUUGUUUAAAGUUUGUUUCAUAAUCACUGUUUGCCAAAAAAACAGUUCUUACAGUUGUCAGAACAAAUGAUACUUUAAGAAAUUUAAUUUCUUUAUUGGACUUGGCUAAGUGGGUUGUUUCCAUGAUAAAAUAUGGUCUACUAAGUGGUUGUCCCCUACCUUGAGAAGUGGUAGAAUGGGUAAGCCAUUAGCUAGGGAACUGAGGACAUUUGCAUCUAAAGGUAAAUUCUAAACCUGCAAGAUGUCUGUAAUGCUCCCUAUCAGCACCAAAAAUAUUCUGAUUAUGGCAAAAUAAAGACAAUGUUUUAAAUGCUUAUUAAAAGUUCUUCAAAUUUCUUCCUCGGUUUUUACUAUUUAUUCAUAAAAGAUUUGAACUGUGGGCAAAACUUUUGCCCCAACAGUUCAUUCAAUGUGUGUGCUAAGUGUUUUAGAAGGAAUCCACACUUUUAUGUCCUGUUUCCCUCAGUGUUUCCCAGCUACUAGCGAAGUAGAGAGUGACAAAGGAGUCUGGUCACUGAGCAUUGUGAGUAUGUUUUUAUUCUAAGUCUACAAUUAUAGGAUUGUCUCUAUGAAUGUUUUAAUCAAAUAUGAAUGUAAAUGUUUUAAAUGAGCAUUUUCUGCUACAGAGGGGGAAAAGGCAAAAUAACAUCAAUGAAAAUUUUAUUUUAAAUAAAUAAA